CAGGCUCAGGCUCAGGCUCAGUCUCAGGCUCAGGCUCAGGCUCAGGCUCAGGUUCAGCUCCAGAACAGGACCCCACAGGCAUCCCCUGCACGCUCCCGUAGCGCAGACCCGGAUCCCUGCAGACCCCCUACAGCGCAGCAGCCCAAAGCCAGCCACCAGCAGCAGCAGCUCUAUGCUACUGCUCAGGCCUACAGAGACUGUUCGCACCCAGGCCCCCCUCCAAACCACUCACCUCUGACGGCAAAGCCCCUGGUUCAGGAUGGACGUGGCGGGGGCGGCACCUGCUCCCUGCAGAGGGAAGGGCAGAAGGUAGCCCGGAUACGGCACCAGCAACACAGCCGAGCGGGCUCCGGCACGCCCAGUCUGGAAGCAACUCAGACCAAUGGAGGUCACGACCCCAAGAGAAAAAUAGACCUGACACAUACCCCAACCCACAACCUCAGUUCCAACAACAACCAGAACCAAACUCAUCCUCAUAGCCACUCCAACCACAACCCUAACCCUAACCAUAACCAUAAUACCAACCACAACCUUAAUACCAGCCAUAACUCAAACCCAAACCCAAACCUUCAGUACAGCUACACUAGGCAAGGGCAUCAGCCUCCAGAGGUGCAGCCCUGGCCCACUACUCCACAACGACCAGAGACACAACGACAGCAGCAGCAGCAGCAGCAGCAGCAGCAGCAGCAGCCAGCUGCCUACAUGAGUCCCAUCAGUGCUCCUGGAGCCAGACAGCACCCUGCCAUGGCUCCCCCUGCUCCUGUCCCUCCAGCUCCAGGCCCUCCAGCCAUUCCUCCUGCCCCUGCCCUAGCAAACAGGUCUCCUCAAAGGCCUCCUCAAGGGCCUCCUCAAGGGCCUCCUCAAGGGCCUCCAGCGGACAAUGGGGCCAUGAAGAACCUGUUGAAGUACACCACCCAACAGCAGCAGCAGCAGCAACAGCAGUCUCUCUCCCAAAAGACUCCAUUCGGAGGGCUGGGGAACCUGAAGACCAGCUGCUCUCUGCAGGGGACCAAACCAGCGCUGCCGCCCAGAAGGUCGUCCUCCGGUGAGAGUCAGAGGGGCGACUGCGGAGGGCGAAGCCGUGAGCUAAGCGAGGCGGUGCACGGAGAGGGGGAGGUGCGGCAGCCCCCCGUGGGGAUCGCUGUUGCCGUGGCAAGGCAGCGGGAGCCUCCCUGCCGCAUGACGGACAGCCAGGCCAGGGGGAGAGGACAGCCUACAGUGAAAGAGUCCCCAUCUGAGGAUGACAGGGGAAGAAUGAGAGACCACAUGGCUCUUCACAGAGAUAGUUUUAUCAGGGAUAAUAAGGACAGGCUGGAAUUUGCGCGUAUUCAUCCCUCCAACAGUUGCCAUGGAGACUUCAGCUCUCACCUCAUGGGGUCAGGCGGGUCCGCUCUGCAGGAGCAGACUGCACACGCACACUCUGCUCACCACCAUUGGAUGGCGCAAACUGGAAGCCCCUCCCUCUGGAUGUCAGGCCACUCCUAUAGUCUGAGUCACUCUGCCCUGCACCAGAGCCUCCCCCCAGGCUUCCCGGCAUCUGUGCCCCCCCCUCUGCAGCCAGUGCUGCCGCUGCCACAGGAGCCCCCAGCCCUGGUGAUGCUGCCCCCUGACAACACCACACACACCGCCUCACACCGCGAUGUGAUGGACUCCUCGGCACUCUGGCCUCCAGUGUUCCGGCCUCAGGGUCCAGCCCACAUGCAGCACCCUGCUGUGUUCUCCCGCCAACAGUUACUACGGCAACAAGAGCUGUAUGCACUACAGCAACAGCAGCAGCAUCAGAGCCAGCAGCCACAUAGAAACAGUCAUACACAGGUACAGCGAAAGCCAGAAGAGGGUGCUAUGGAGCUGCAGGACAUCCUCUCAGAGUCACGGAGCCCUGCGGGGACCCAGCACUUCUACAACCAGUCCAACAUGGCGCCCCCCACCGCGCAUCUGUCCCCCUGCUGUCAGUCCCCCUGUCUUAGGCCUCACCCUCAGAGUACCCCGUCCACUCCCUGUCCUGCCAUCAGCCCGUCUCCCUCGCUGCCCCCCAAAUCUGUUGAGCCACAAGGGCAGCCUCCACACGACUACCCACAAUCAUUAGAGCCUGACCUCCCUCCUGGAUAUACAUAUCCAGCCGUCAACAUCGCAUACAGGGGAGACCCCUCCCCUCAGGAUGCUCCAUUGGCUGAGCCUGCUGAUUUGAAUGCCAUUCAAGCUGAACCCACAGAACAUGAUCCACCCGCUCUCUCUGGCCUGGGGGAGGAUUUUGAGUGCCAGACAGUGAGACCCCUCCCGCACCAGGAAGUGGUUGAGGCGGUAGAGGAGAGGGUGGCUGAGGAGGUGGAAGAGGAGGAGGAGAAGUUAAUGGGAUCAGGAGCGGUGGCUGCGGCUGUGGGGAGUGUGGUCAUUGGUUGCUGCGCUCCUCUUGCGCUCGACUCCGCCUCUCGUCCAGUCAGUCCUGCAGCAGAGGCAUCUCCGGGCAGUGACCCAGCUUGUGAACCUGCUGUCACAUUUGACCCUUUGGUGACCUCUGACCCUUCAGCGACCUCCACUCCAGUAAUCAGUGAAUCUGCGGAGAGCUCCGAUCCCUUGGUGACUUCAGUGCCCUCAGACACCUGUGAACUCCCAGUCACUCCUGACCCGUCAGCCACCUGUGAGUCUACAGUAAACCCCGAUUCAACCCUCGCCUCGGAACCCGAGGACACAACAUCAGACACAACAGCAAACUGUGACCCCACCGUGACCUUUGAACCCUUGACGAACUGUGAAGAUGAGGGCAGCUGUGAAGCCUUAGAGCAGGAGGGCGAGGAAGAGCCUCCAGAGGACAGCGUCUCCCAAGAUGCAGUGCGUGGCGAUGAGGAGGAGGCGCAUUGUGACUCGUUGAGCUGUUGGAGUCUGGAGCUGCUGAUCGCCGCUGCCUUCUGUGGGGAUGCACCUCCCCCCUCCCCUGCACCCCUCACCCCCUCCAGCCCCCCGCACCACGGCAUGGAGCUGCUCAGCGAGCUGGCAGAGCUGCAGCUGCAGCAGUAUACCAUCGACAACAGCCAGGAAGGGGAAAGCUUGACCUUUGACCUACAGAGUCUGGCGACGCUGGCAGUGGCACGUGCUCUGGAACUAGGCUCAGUAGAGAAGCUGAGGGAUCCGGGGAAGCCCUGCCUCGCCCGGCGAGCUAUUAACCUGCGCAGGAAAUGCAGUUGGACCCCUCGCCAUGAGCAGGCUGGUCCAGUGAAGGCGGGCAUGGAGGUGGAUGAUGGAGAAGAGCUGGCAAUGCGGGUGAGGCUGGCAGAGCUACAGCGGCGCUACAGAGAGAAACAGAGAGAGCUGGCCAAGCUACAGAGGAAGCAUGAGAAUCAAAAAGAAGAGCCUCCCCGUAGCCCUGUUCGCCGGGGCCCUGGUCGGCCCCGUAAGCGUAAGCUUCCCCCAAGCCUCAGUCCCGCUGCCACCACAGACUUCCAGAGGAGAGGAAAGUCAGGGACAUCAGGAUUUUGCUUGUCUGGAGGGCCCCAGAAGAAGAGGACGAAGCCGAGCGGCCAGGACUUUGGCCGUCUCAGCUCAACAGAGAGCUCGUCUGUGGGUCGUGAGAAGCGAGGGUCUGAGCAGCAGGUGUGUGUGCUGCGGCAGAAAAGAGGGAGAAGGCCAAGGGAGGGAGCUGCCAUGGAGAGGCACACAAACACCACCAAUGAGUCUGAGGGACAGAGUGAUACAGACAGCUGGCAGGGUGGAGUAGCAAGCAAAGGCUACAGCAGAAGGAAGAGUCCUGCCUCAUCAUCAUCCUCCUCACGACCACAGCUCUCUAGACCCGGGCGCCCACGGGGCAUCAGGCAGGACGUGAUGUCGCCCUCUGACAGCCAGUCAUCUGGGCAGGAGGAUGAAGAGGUGGACAGUUAUGACAGUGAUGAUGGACAGUAUAUCAGAGCUCCGCCCUCAAGCGAAGCCCCAUCAACCUUAGCUGUGACAGGCGCUACCCCUUCCUCCGUGGUUAAGCUGGAGGCCAAUCAGAAAGCGCGGAAGAAGAGAGAGAGACAGGAGCUCUAUGGAUGUGUUGGUGCGUUUGCAGCAGAUGAGGGGGUGAAGGUGAGGAGCAGCACCCCCUGUGGGAGCAGAGAGGUCACUGCAGUCAAGAGGAAAGUGGGGAGGCCGCGGCGUGAACCCACUGACCUUCUGACCUCCAGCAGCAGCAGCGAGAGGCUGAAGAGGGCCACGCGGAGGAGCACUGUGCUCAGGAGGAGUAGCUGGUCUACAAUCCGUGAUGUCUCUCUGAGGAGCCAAAGAAGUAGAGACAGACAGGCUCGAUCAGUGAGUCAGCUUCUGAAGAAUCUAGCCGCAGAUGAAGGCUUCGCACUGGAUGGGGACAGCAGCUUCUCAGAGGAAGAGAGCAAAGUUACUCUCCCUAACGCUGUCCUGACCAAAGACCUGCUGAUGGAUGGGCUGAAUAUACUGAUCUCAAAAGAGGACGAGCUCCUGUAUGCUGCAAGAGUCCAUAACUACAAACCACCAGGCUUUUACAGCGUGGUCAUUGAUGGAGAGAGAGGCAGCCAUCCUAAGAUCUACUCACGGGAAAAACUGCUGCAGGGAGCGAUUUUGGAUGUGUGUCCCAAGACUGAGGCAAUGUUAAGAGAAGGGACACGAGUGUGUGCCUACUGGAGUGGGCGUUCUCGCUGCCUCUACCCUGGCUAUGUUCGCAGAGGUGGUGUAGGGGCAGGGUUUGAUGGGAAGGUGGGUGGGGUCAUGGUGGAGUUUGAUGAUGGAGAUCGGGCGCGGAUCUCUCUGGCUCAUGUCCGCCUGCUGCCUCCCUCUUACCAGAUCCGAUUUGUGCAACCAGAGCGCCUCCUGCUGGAUGGUCUUGGAACAGGCAGGCAGACCUCAUCAGUGUCUCAGCAGAGCGAGGCAGCUUUCAUUCAGAAACCAAAGCGAGGGAGACCCAAAGGAUCUGGAAAGAAGAAGCUGAAUAACAGCAUGCCACCAGCACUGAGCUGGCCCUCAGUGUCCUCCAGAAGAUCUCAGGAGAACCUGUUCCAACUGGGUCUCUCCAGGACCUCCCGGCACCCCCAGCCACUGCCUGCCACCGCGGCCCCUGUCCACAGCAUCUUCAGCAGCCGCUCCUUCGAGGUGGACUCCUUCAGCAGCAUCGCCCAGAGUUACAGCUGCUCCUCCUUCUACGGUCCGACCCCCAGGGAGGCUCCGGGGGGUCACAGGGACCCCAGCACCUCCAGGAGGAGGCACCUUGGGGAGGUGGAAGUGUCUAGAGGGAGCAGAAGGUCCCAGUUUCUGGUGAAACUGGACCAUGAGGGUGUGACCUCACUGAAGACCAAGAGCAGUAAAAUCCUGCAGGCUCAACGAGGAGGAGGAGGAGGGGCAAUGGGUGUUGUCAGGACAGAGGCCUACGCCCACCCUGUCCUGCUGGUCGAGGAGAACCGGAGGGACGGCCGCUCGGGGCCGGAGCUGCUGCUGAAGGGGGCCCCGCCCCACAAGAAGGUAUCACCGCCGUCUGUGCGGCGAGUGGAGUGCGGGCAGAGCUGGGGCCGAAGCUGCAGCUCCUACCCCGGCGUGAAGGAGGAGCCGAAGAGAGUGGGCUCUCAGACCUCAGGCCACUACCUGUCCCGCCUCUCCGGCCUGUCGUCGUCUUCCUCCUCCUGCUCCUCUUCCUCCUCGGGCUCCUCCUCCAGCUCCAGCCUCUGCUCCUCGGACAACGACUCGUCCUGGAGCUCGGACGAAGACGAAGGUUCCCCCGCGCUCCUGCUGCGGAGCUGCAUGCCCUCCCAGCAUGCUUUGCUCCCUCCACCCGCCCCUCCUGCCGCCUUCACCGGGCGCUCCUUCGUGGCCAAGGCAGUGGCCAUGUCUAGCAGCAGCAGCAGCAGCCCCAUGGCCAACAGGAAACCUCUGAAGAGGAAAGAGCUGCCUCUAUCUCUCUCCAGCUCCCCCAGAGACCUGACCAAGAAGCCCAGGCUCCAGGCAGAUGACUGUUACUCGACCUGUCCAGUAGCUCAUCCAGGCAAACAGAAGUGGACGUGGGUUGGAACACCUACUCAGAGGCGAGGUCUGAAGGGGAGGGCUCGGAAGCUGUUCUACAAGGCCGUGGCCCGUGGCAAAGAGACGAUGCGCGUGGGCGACUGCGCCGUGUUCCUGACGGCCAGCCGGCCUCACGUGGGCCGCAUCCAGAACUUCUGGGAGUCCUGGAGCAGCAGCAUGGUGGUGAAAGUGCGCUGGUUCUACCACCCAGAGGAGACCGCCGUGGGCAAGAGGCACCGGGAGGCCAAGCAUGCACUAUACCAGUCCAGUCAUGAAGACGAGAAUGAUGUCCAGACAAUCUCUCAUAAGUGCCAGGUGUUGAGUCGGGAGGAAUACGAGCGCGUGUGUCGCAGCAGGAAGUCAGGCGACGGUGGACAGGAAGUGUUCUACCUGGCAGGGACCUAUGACCCUGGAAGUGGUCAGAUGGUCACAGCACAGGGACUGUCCAUUUUUUGCUAACACCUAACGGCAAACAACUCAUUCUACAGCCACGGUCCACAUUUUUACUUAAGCCUGUUCUCUGUACCUCCACAGUAUGUUGGGACCAGACCACACACACACACGCACAUACACACACACACACACACACACACACAUAUAUAUAUAUACACACACUACACAUGCUUUCAACCAGGGUCUGUCUCAUCAUGCUACCCCACCCACAGCCAGUACUAUCCUGCUUUCUUGAAGGUGAUGUUGACCUUCUGAACGAAAACCAGGGACAGGCUGAGGGAGUGUUCGAAAUUCAGCAGUUCCCUGAUUGUGAGUGCGUCGCUUUGAAAGCACCCACAAAUAGACGUUAGUUACAUCUCUCUACUGUAUAUAUGUACAUAGAUAUGGAAUUUAUUCCAAUCAAGCCAUACAAGUCAGUACCUCUUAUCUGUUCUUUAUUCAGGUGUGUAUAUUCUACAGAGGAAGUAUGUGAUUUUAUUGUCCUCACAUAUAGAAAAGCUAUUUUAUAUAAAGUGUUAUGAAUUUCAGCCUAAUUUUACACACCGUUUGGUUUACUAUUUUCUUAUGAAUGGAUGGAGAUGUGACUGGAAUUUUGCUUUGAGAGGAUGGGGUGAAUAUUGGGGAAGCUUUGCACUGUACUGGCCCUGGAAGACAGACAGAAGCACACAAGUGAGACAGCAUGGGGCUGAGACUGUCUUCUACUCACUGUCAGCAGCUCCUGGGAUUAUCUUGAUUUGUCUCCUGUUGACAGUUGUGAUGGGUUUUUUUUUAUGUAAAAGUCUUAUUUAAGAGAUUAGACAAGGCAUUGCUGCUGGUUGCCACAAAAAAAAGAAGUCCACUUGAAUGACUAAAAAACCUUCUGUGUGCCACGACUUGGCUUUGAACCAUACAUGCACAGAACGUUUUAGGGGAAAAGCACAUGCUGUAUGCUACACACUGUGAGGGACAAUCAGGCUUGGAAGAGAAGAGGGCUCUCUAAAACCUUGUUUCUUCUUGGGUUUGUGCAAAAAAACUAAACACUUUUGCCAUGACCUCUGUUGUUAGAUGUGCCAUUUUAACUGGAGUCUUAUUUUAGCUGAAAUCCUAUUUAUUUGUCUGUGUUUUCUUGUCAGAUAGAAGAGCCGAUGGCUUAAGAUGAUUAAGUCCUGAAGUCAACAGAAGGUCACUGAGGUGCCUUCAUUUACAAAGAUGCUACAUUAAGGCAUCAGAAGAAAUUAACAUUUCUAAAAAUCCUGUUUAUGACUGAUCAUGAUUCUUAAGUUGUAAAGCACACUGAAAGAUAAAUUAAAUGAUCAUACCUGGUCUUUUUUUUCACCCUGUUUUGACAAUGUUUUGUCAAUUUGAUUAUUUGUACCUUAGCUUGAAUACAGUGCCAUACUGUAAUCAUGCAAUCAGGCCAGUCAUCGGAAGUUCCUCUUGUAGAAAGGUUGCCAAAGCAGAGCUCUUUUCUCCAUGUCUGCCUAUGAGCAUGGCGUGCCGAGCUGUAAUUAUGCCUAUUUUAGCCUGCUUUUUCAUCCAUCUUGGAGGAUGCCAUUAACAUUGGCACUGACCUUAUGUUACAGUUUGACCUUUCAUUGAGAACAUUGACAUAAUACAACUGAACCAACAAAUAAAUCACUUUCCUAAAUCACUUAAUGAACAUUUAACUGAGCUCUACAUCAUUUCCUGGUCAGACUGUGCAUUGUAUUCUGUUGUGCUUCAUCUUUUUGCUUUAUGUUUUAUAUAUAUAUAUAUAGUGAUAUUUCUCAAUCAUACACUGACAUCAUGCAUAUCCAUUGGACCACCUCUGGAUGAAUCAGGAUCUAAGGUGCAAUGGGUUGCUUUUGUUGCUUGAGGCCCCACAAGAGUGAUACUCUUCAUGCCAAGGCAUGAUGGAGACAGAUGACUAAUUAUUUGUGUCUUAGAUGGAUUUUAUUUGCAAUUCUUUAUAUACUUUUCUGUCAAUCAAAUUAAUAAAAGCAAAGAAUCAGGAUGCUUAGAAUAGCAAAGGUAUUCUGGUAAAUAUGACCAUUUCAUUGUUCCUUUGAGAGUGGCACCAUUGGUCUUGAAAGUGUUUUGUCUUUGACAAGAAAACAAAAACGCAUACUGCUCCUUUGAGGAUUUGUUAUUAGAAAUAUUUCUGAAGCACUUUUUACAUGAGGGGUUGACCAUAAUUUGAAAUAUAGUGGGUGAACAAGAGAUACACAGGUUUUUACAGAUGAAAUGUAAAGAUGGUUCAUUGGCAUAUUCACAAAUGUGUAUGACUAUAUGUGUGUGGUGCUGGUGGGUGGGGGAUACGGAGGUGGCCUGUUUACUGAUGUUGAGGUGUGUGUGUGAGUACUGUCCUUAAGAGUCACUGGAAGUGAUACCAUGAAUGUAUUAUUGAAAGGGGCUGAAAAAUAUGAUCUAAAUAUUAAUGUUUUCAAAGAAAAUGUUGAAGGUUGAUUUUUUAUUUUUGUUCUCCCCAAGCGUGAAUGCAUUUUUCAAAUGAUGUUGAGGAUUGGCCAGUGAGGAGGCCAUUUUGUGGGGAUUAGCAGCUCAGAUGACUAGCAUGACGGUAGAUGUGAAGUCAUGUCAUGUGUACGACUUCUGCAGCCUGGUGUGUGGCAUUUUCAAAGGGAAAGAGAUGAAGGAAUGUGUUUCACGUAUUGUUUCUGGCUGGUCACCUUUCAUUACUGUUGAAUACUGUUAGGUUGUCAAACGUGCACCACUUGUUCAGCUUGUCAGAUUUAUGCUGUAAAUAUAUAAGAAGUAUUUUAACAUGAAUAUUGUUCAUAAGAUUUAUAAUUAUUGAAUUUAUUUUCAUCUUAUUUAAUGGAUUUAAAAAGUGGGAAUUGCUUUGUAAAUUUGUAUAGUGACUUGUCUCUUUUGGAGUAAACAUUUUGCAUAAAUGCUUUAUGGAUAUUAAACUGUAAAUGUGGUUUAGUAUUAAGAUUUUUAAGAUUAUAAUGAAUAAAUAUUUCAUGUUGAUUUUUUCUUGUG